AUACAUGUCACAGCGCAUGUAACGUAUUGCAGUACAAUACCGAACGGCCAGGACGAACCGUAAUCAAGAUCCUCGUAUUGUGCUCAGAAGAUGUUUUGGAAGGGACUGUUCGUUUUUCUAGUGGUUCUGCUACCAUCCCAUUGUAUCUUGGGACAGAAGAUAGGUGCAUUUAAUGUCCGGAUAUUUGGACAGAGCAAGGCACAGAAGCCCGAGGUUAUGGACAUACUAAAACGGAUUGUUCGCAGAUAUGAUGUAAUACUGAUACAAGAGAUUCGAGAUGCGAAAGAGACUGCGAUACUUGAUCUAUUAGCCUUGGUCAACGAAGGGGCAUCUGAGUACUCCUUAGUACAGAGCGCGAGACUAGGUCGGACGAGUAGCAAAGAGCAAUAUGCCUAUAUAUACAGGAAUGAGCUAUCUGUGACAGACGAGUUUGUAUUUAACGACAUAUCAGACAUUUUUGAAAGAGAGCCUUAUAUUGUAAGAUUUAAAGCUCCCACGAAGCAUGUGACGGACUUUACACUAGUUGGACUGCACACUAAGCCUACAGACGCAGUAGAUGAACUUGACGGCCUUAUCCCUGUCAUGGCUCAAAUAAAAGAUCGAUUUGCCGACAACCCUACUGAAAACAUCAUGAUCCUCGGAGAUCUAAAUGCGGAUUGCAACUAUGUGACUGAUAAAGAGAAACCUGCACUAGCUCUACGUACAACUCCCGGAUACCAUUGGAAUAUAAACGAUAAUGAUGAUACUACGAUAAGCUUAACAACAUCAUGCGCAUAUGACAGGUUUAUAGUAACAAGCCCCGGGCUUUUUGAUUAUGAGGGGACAACUUCAAUAUUCCACUUUGACCAGGAAUACGGGCUGACCAAUGAAUUUGCUUUGACAGUCAGCGAUCACUACCCAAUUGAGAUCGAGUUCUCCCCAUCCUUGCCCUCUGGAAAAGGCUACAAGAUUGGCUCGUUCAAUAUACAAAUAUUCGGCGAUACAAAGGCAUCUAAAGCAGACGUUAUGGAGAUUUUAUCAAAGAUAAUCCAGAGAUAUGACAUCAUAUUCAUCCAGGAGAUACGAGAUGCGUCCGGCGAUGCAAUCCAGAAGUUAUUGCGUUUGACAAACUCAGAAGGGCCUGAAAAGUAUACAAUGGCCAUCAGUGAGCGCCUUGGUAGAUCCAACAGCAAAGAGCAAUACGCGUACAUAUAUAGAUUAUCCACAACUGCGGUGUUCGCUGCUGAAGUGUUUGACGACGCUCAAGAUGUAUUUGAGAGGGAGCCAUACAUCGUAGCAUUCUUUGCGCGAGAAGCAGCCGUUCCUAAGUUUGUCCUUGCUGGUAUACACGUGAAACCAUCAGAUGCUCUUGCUGAACUGAACGCCCUGGCUCAAGUCAAAACAUAUAUCAAAAACCACCUUAACACAGAUGAGGUUGUUUUCAUGGGUGACUUUAACGCUGAUUGUAGCUACCUGAACGCUGGUGAGAGAGAUGCGUUAGUUCUAAAGUCCAGUGAUUACUACUGGCCGAUUGGGGCUGAUGUUGACACGACUGUGUCCAAAUCAAAUUGCGCAUACGACAGGUUCGUCUUCGUAAACAACAGUGAAAUGAGAACUUAUUUAAAGCCAGGCUCAGCUAAGCCCUUUCUCUUUGACCAGGAGUAUAGCCUCUCAAGCGAACUGGCUAAAGCUGUCAGCGAUCACUAUCCAAUAGAGAUGGAGAUAUAUAGGAAAGCCAUUGCCGUUGCCCCCGUGCGAAAUAACGAGAACGCCGAAUACUCCUCAGAUGGACAAGCUGAACAAGGAGCGCCUAUGUUGACAAUUUCAAAACUUUUAAUGCUGACAUUGAUUUUUACGACAAUGAUAAUUUAG